AUGGCUGAUCCCGACAUCGCCUCCCUCUGGGAGACCAAAAAGGAUGCCGACAUCUGGCUCAUGAUGGGCGAAGAAAAGUGGGAGCUGCACGACAAGGUCAUCCGAGGAAGGAGCGAGAUGGUAGACUUUCUCGUCGAUCAGAAGGCCGCAAUGGACGACCGCGUCAAGAAAUUCGCGUUGAAGGACCACCUCUUCAAAGCCCCUGCACUGGAAACCGUUCUCAAGUGGUUGUACGUCGGAGAUGAUGCGCUGCCCCACAAGCCCGAGAUUUUCGAUCUCCUCACGAUCCACGACGUUGCUGCGUCUCUUGGCGUGUCCGACCUCACGGCUGAACUCGCUUCUCGUGUCGGCCGUGACCUGAGCGAUAUCCUCGAUAAGCGCGUCGACAUGUUGGAAGACUUCAUGGCGGUGGCCGACAUCAUCGUCGACGAGGCCAGCGACGCCCACGAUGACCUGAAGCAGGAGUUCCAGAAGGCCAUUGGACCUCACCUGUGCAUGCUCCUCCAGCAGCAAGACUUCUGCAAUCUUCUCCAAGACGACCCCAAGUUCUGCUUCGACACCCUGUCGACUGCCGUUAGCGAGAUCACGCGAGUGACUGAGGAGUCCGAGAAGAAGUUAGCCGAUGCCGAGAAGCAGCAUAGAGUCAACGACUCCGCCAUCGACUUCCCAACCUUCGAUACCCCGGUGUCGAAGAAACCUGCCCGGGAGAGCGCAAGCGAGGGCCCGCAGACUCCGGAUACGUCCAAGAAAAUCAAGUUGGAGAGUCCUCCUAGUGCGGCCGAAGCUAUUGGCCCCGACUCGAUGCGGACCGCUGAUGCUGGAUCUACUCCCUUUGCUGGCCCACGAUUCAGCCGCGGCAUGGAUGCCGGCGCUUUCAACUUCGCCUUCAAAGACCAGCGAGCGUUCCCUCCCAAGUUCCCUGCCCUCUCCAUCAAGCGAGGACCUGCCACCAAGCCGACCCCCGCAGUGAAGUCAUCUUGGGCUCCCACGCCUUUCCCCACACCCAGCGGAAAGGCUUCGCCGUCCGAUGAUAGUUCGGAGGCAUUCGAAUCCUGCGAAGAGGAAUCUGAGGAAGGCGAGAUCCGGGAGAAGCGUCGUGUCAUCCCCUCGCGACCUUCUAUUCAGAGCAAGAUGACGCCUCCUGACCAAAUAGCCCACAAGACUAAGACGAGAUUCCAUGUGCCUGGCAGCUUCGAGGUUUCCCUGGCAGUCCACACCCGAGGUGCUGGCACCAGCGACGUUCAUUCAAAGCCAGCCACAUCUGAUCGGCGAAGUGGAGGGUAUCACCUUAGCAGCUCGUCCAUCCAACAAGAUGACACCCUGGAGUUGCCUGCCAGAUGCAGUGGUAGCUAUGCCUUUGGUAGCACUUCCAUCCAGCAGGAUUCUCUUGUGCCCGACGAAGUCCACAACGAGCAACCGGAGUUGAAGCAAACCGCCGAUACCAACCCCGCUACUGGGUCCCGAACCAUGCCCUCCUCCCACAAGGAGCCCCUCCAGCGUCCAGCUCCCCGCAAAGAGCCCGUCCGGGCACCGUCUCCAGCCCCUUCUCCGGCUUUCGCUCCUGCUUCAGCCUUUGCUCCGGCUCCGGUCUUUACCCCCAGUUCCGCCCCAGCCUCGGCUGAGACCGGCCCCAAGUUGGAUCACAAAACGGCCCGAGAGGUGGAAAGAGGAAGGCUCAAUGUCAAGACUACAAAGCGCGCGAAGACCUCCAAGAAGAUGUAUGACGCGGAUGCACCCAACAUUGACUGCGUUCAGUCUUGA